AUGUCCUCUUCUGCCGCGAGCUGCCCAGAUGCUUCCAGCCUACCAGACUUCGUCAACAUACACGGGAUACCAGGCAACAUCAGUACCGGCUUCGUACCGAUCGGCCGGAACAAGUCGUACGAGGCGAUGACGACGUGCUGCUUCCCCGAGGACGUCAGCACCGCCAGCGACUGCUACUACUGGUGCGAGGUGCCAAAAGACGCCCUCGACGGUUUUGGUUCAUGCCUGGCACGCCAAGGGAUGGGGAGGGGAAUAGUCGGGUUCCACGAGAGCGGAUCCAGCCGGUCGACGACGGGAGGUAGUUUGGUGGGACUUGCGGUGUGGUUGCUACUUGUCACGAGCGUAUUGUCCUAG